AAAUCUAAUAUCUUUUUGGCUUUCACAUCCUGAACUGUGGAACGGGCUGUGGAGAGGCCUGUAAAAGACUAUGAAGACUCCAAAUGAGGUGAGUUUCAAGGGCCCUUAUACAUAUGAUUCUGUGAGUUUGUGCAUGCUCUCCCUUUCUGUUUGGUCAAAGAAAAAAGGCCUUGUCUCUAUCUGCUAGGACCAUUGGUGGUAUAAUUCUUUUUGAAAACCUGAUGUGCUUCAAAUUCUUUUGCAGAUAAAUAACUAGUGAUUAAAGUUGAAAUUAGGUUGAGUUUUUUUCCUUUUCAGACAUCUUGUGGAUUGAUCAGUGACUUAUUCACCUGUAGUGUGCAGUUUCAAAAAAGUAUUGCUAGUAAGAUUGUCAGGGAUGGCUGAUCAAAUUGGUCUAGCUGUUGCUGCAAAGAUUACAGAAUACCUGGUUGCACCAGCAAUUUGUCAUCUUAGUUAUGCGUUCCGUUUUGCCAGUAAUGUUGAGGACCUCAGGAAAGAGACUGAAAAGCUGACAGUUGCACAAGGGCGGUUGCAAAAUGAUGUCAAUGAAGCCAUAAGGCAAACUGAAGAAAUUGAAAAAGAUGUGGAGGACUGGCUUACAGAGGCAAACAAAGUCCUGGAAGAUGUGAAGCUCCUGGACAGUGAAAUAGAAGAAAACAGAAGGUCUUUUAAUUGGUGUCCUAAUUGGCUCUGGCGUUAUCAAUUGGGUAAGAAAGUAGCAAAGCAAAAGUUCAGUGUUGUUCAACUUCAAGAGACUUCCAAAUUUCAACGAGUAGGACACCGUGCUACCCUUCCUGUCAUAGAAUUCUUACGAUGCAAGGAUUUUAUGCCAUCUAAAUCUUCAGAGAAAGCUUUCAAUCAGAUUAUGGAGGCCUUGACAGACGAUGAUGUGAGCAUGAUUGGACUGUAUGGGAUGGCUGGGGUAGGUAAGACAACCAUGGCAAAAGAAGUUGGAAAGAAAUCCACAGAACUGAAGCUUUUUAAUUUAGUAGUGAUUGCUGUUGUCUCUCAGACUCCAAAUAUCAAAAACAUUCAAGGUCGGAUUGCAGACUCAUUAGAUUUACGAUUUGAAAAGGAAACUGAAGAAGGAAGAGCAGCUCAGAUAUGGCAUAGACUGCAAGAAAAGAAGAAGAUCUUCAUAAUCCUUGACGAUAUUUGGAAGGAACUCGACUUGGCAGCUAUAGGAAUUCCAUUUGGUGCUGAUCACAAGGGUUGCAAAGUUCUUCUGACAACACGACUUCAACAUGUAUGUACCAGAAUGAGAAGCCAAACGAAGAUUCAACUAGAUGUUUUAUCCAAUGAUGAAGCCUGGACCUUAUUCAAACACAAUGCAGGUUUAGAUGAUGCACCAUGCCACAGUGAAUUGAUUGAUGUAGCACAAAAGGUUGCUGGAGAAUGCAAAGGAUUGCCUCUUGCAAUUGUAACUAUUGCCAGGGCCCUAAGAGAAAAACCUCUAGAUGAGUGGAUAGUAGCAAAUCAUCGACAACAAAAAAGCCCUCAGCUUGCAGAGAAUCAAGAUUUCUGUGAAGAUAUCUAUGGAUGUCUUAAGUUCAGUUAUGAUUAUUUGAAGGGAAGAAAAAUCAAGUCAUGUUUCUUGUUGUGUUCCUAUUUCCCGGAAGAUUAUGAGAUUAGUAUCGAGCAGUUGACUAGAUAUGGAAUUGGCCAAGGCUUAUUCCAGGAUGUUAACUUCAUUGAAGAUGCAAGGAGAGAAAUGCGAGUAAUAUUAACCAAUCUCCAAUACUCUGGUUUGUUGUUGGACACUGGCAAUGAAGAAACUGUGAAAAUGCAUGAUGUCAUCCGUGAUUUUGCCCACUGGAUAGCAUCAGAAGCAGAGAAUGUGAUGAUAAAAGCAGGCCUUGGGUUAGAUGAAUGGCCAAAUUCUGAAAGCUUGGGAUGUUGUAAAACAAUCUCCUUGAUGAACAACAAAAUAGAAUAUCUUCCUGAUAAAUUGGUAUGCCCAAAACUGGAAACUUUAUUGAUGAGUGGGAAUCGUUUGAUGGCUAUUUCAAGUUCAUCUUUUGAAGGGAUGAAAACCCUCAAAGUAUUAACUCUUUCAGGUGGGUUAUUGCCAUCUCUGGAAGGAAUUCUAUGGUUGACAAACCUGAAAACCUUACACCUAGAGGGAUGCAAACUCCAUGACAUCUCAUCAUUGGCAGAACUGAAGAAACUUGAGAUUCUAGACUUCUGUGGUUGUUAUCUCGAUAAUAUACCAGAUGAAAUAGGGGAAUUAAUUAGUUUAAGAUUGCUAGAUCUGUCCUAUGCUGAUGGACACUGGAAAAUCCCACCUAAUCUGAUACGAAGGUUAUCCAAACUGGAAGAGCUGUAUAUUGGUGAGUUUAGCUUUAGGCAAUGGGCCAUUGAAGGGAGAGGUGAGGAGGCAACUACUGCUAGUUUAUCAGAGCUGAAAUCAUUGUCCCGUUUAACUGCACUAACAAUGAAGGCUAAUUCUAUAUGUUUUCCAAGAUACUUUGUCUUCCCUAAAUUACAAAGGUACAAGAUAGCAAUAAAUCAAUGUUUUGACCACGGCUAUCCAAGCUCAAGAAGCUUGAAAAUUGUAGGUUUCCUGUUAAGUCCUUUUAAGGAGCUGCUUUCUGAUAUUGAGUACCUUGAUUUGGAUAGUAUCAUUGGUCAUCAAUGCCUUGUUCCGAGCUUGGAUCAAAGAGGGUUAAACAAAUUGACCUUUCUUUGGCUCAGACGUUGUAGGCAUAUGCAAUGCCUCAUUCAGACAGUACAGCAGCAGGUUCCUGCCAUUGCAUUGUUUAAUCUAGCAGAAUUAUUCAUUGAAGAUAUGGUUUCCUUGACAGAGCUAUGUAAUGGUCCGCAACCAACAGGUUUUCUACAGAACUUAAAAAAGUUUACUGUGAAAAAUGGUGCUGCUAUGAUCUCUACAGUUCCAGUAGAAAAACAUUUAAGAGAGGUGACUGUCAUAAACUGUCCUAUGUUGCUAGCAGUGUUUCAGUUGGAUAGUCUGCAACAUACUGGGGAAGAAAAUCAUCCCAUACUGCUUUCAAACUUGUCUUACUUAGAGCUUGAGCUAUUACCUAACUUGGAGCAUAUAUGGGAAGGGCCCAUCGAUCGUGUAAGCCUUCAAAGUCUUAAGACUGUGAAAGUACAGAGUUGUGAUAAAUUGGCAUCUCUCUUCUCUCCAGUGCUUGCUCAAGGUCUUUUGCAACUUGAAACACUUGAAGUACAUGACUGUUCUGGAAUGAAGCAUAUUGUCCAAGAAACAGUUGACUCUGAUUCCCAUCCUCUGAGCUUGCCAAAAUUAACAACUCUAAAGAUCUCUUCUUGUGAUAUUUUGGAAUAUGUUUUUGCAAACUCUACAGCCCCAGAUUUUCCACAGCUAAAAGAAAUUAACAUUACUAAUUGUACUCAGUUGAAACAAGUUUUCAGCCUUGGAAAAGAAUUGGAUGGCAAGGAUAUUGUUCUACCUCAACUACAGUUGUUAGUACUUAAAAACUUAAAAAGCUUGAGCAGUUUCUGUCUAGAAAACUGUGUUAUUGUGCAGCUAUCUUUGGAAGUGUUAGAGAUUGAAGAAUGCCCCCUGCUGGAACCUUUUACUUUUGAAGACAUGAUGAAGGCUCAAAUGAAGAAACUAUGGCUCUCUAAGGUUGGAAAUAACUGUCGACAGUGCAACAGUGUUGGCCUCCAGGGAAGACAGAGGUCACCUGAUAUGGAAUAUUUAACAGUUGGGAACUGUGAAGAGAUAUUUCAACUUGAAGGCGGAUUCUUCGUCUCAAGUCUGGAGAAACUACAACUGAAAGAUCUGCAAGAGUUACAAGUGAUAUGGAAAGGUUCUACACAGAUUGCAACCCUUCAAAACCUUACUCAUCUGGAAGUAGUUGAGUGUAAGAGACUGAGACAUAUCUUCUCACCUAUGUUUGCUCGAAAUUUUCUGCAAUUGAAAGACCUACAUUUGGAAGGAUGUGAGGAACUGGAGCAAAUCAUUGUCAAAGAUCAAAUUUCAUUAUCUUCUUCAAAGGAUCGUCUUCAAGCUAUAAGCUUCCCUAAUCUGACCAAAAUAUGGAUCAACAACUGCAACAAACUGAAAAUUCUCUUCCCUGUUAGUGCUGCUCGUGGUCUUCCAAAACUUGAAGAGUUGAAAAUAGAAGAGGCGUCAGGAUUAGAGCAAGUGUUUGGACAUGAAGAUGGAGCAAACAUUACAAAUGAAGAGGAUAUGGCGCUUUCUAAGUUAAAGAAAGUAGAUAUCCUCCACCUACCAAGCUUUGUCAGUUUCUGCUCAUCCGAUUAUCAUAUAAUGUUCCCAUCAUCGUUCACUGCAACAGUAGAAGACUGCCCCAACUUGACCGCAUGUUUCACUGUUGAUAUAAAAAAUUUGAUACCUUCUGGCCCACAGGUAAACACGCCAAUCUCUUUUCCUGAUAUGAGGGAUUUGAUGCUAUUAUUGAUGGUGCUAAUAUAA